GCGGAGGCGGAGGCAGCGCGGCGGCUGCAGCAGUGGCCGCAGCGGCGGCCCUGGGUCCCGUCUACCUGGCAUCAUCUCGUCUGGCCGGAGGUGGAGGAGAGGCGGCCAUGGCCGCGGGUCGCGUUCUGCCCGACCUGACGCCCUACUCGCUCAGACCGUACGACUUCGCCCGGCACCUGCUGUCCUCGCAGAGCGCCGUCAGCAAGCUGCUCGGCCCGUACAUCUACGCGAGCAUCCUAGACGUCAAGAAUCUACAGGGGCUCGUGGUCAACGAGCGGGUCGACUGGCUCAUCCACUUCAGCGCUCUCCGGUCGGCCAUCGGCGAGAGAAACGUGCAGCUGGCCAUGCGCGUCAACGUCGAAGGCGUGCACAACGUGAUGGAACUGAGCAAGCAGUACCAACUACGCCUCUUCGUGCCCAGCACUAUCGGAGCGUUCGGUCCCGACUCGCCUCGCAGCCCAACUCCAGACCUGUGCGUCCAGCGGCCGAGGACAAUAUACGGCGUGUCCAAUGUUCACGCCUAA